AUGACCCUCAGCUCCCCCAGCCCCCAUGCUCAGCAACAGGUCUCCCCAGCCCUUCAACUCCGCAUCCCCUCAUCUUCCUAUCCCCUCAUCUCUCCAUCCCUCCAUUACACAGACAAAGUUGUGUGCUGCCUGCUGGCACUGAUGUUGAUGUCUACAAUGCUGACCACGACAGGAGCAGUUCCCAUCUGUAUACCCAGUGGGACCCCUCUGAAUGCAAGGGGGUGCCGCAUCGACCAGUUCAAGUCCCUGUCCCCACGGGAGCUGCAGGCCUUCCAGAGGGCCAAAGACGCCUUUGAAGAGUCACUCUUGCUGAAGGAUGGGAGCUGCAGCUCCCUUCUCUUCCCCAGGACCUGGGACCUGAGGCAGCUGCAGGUGUGGGAGCGCCCUAUGGCCUUGGAGGCUGAGCUGGCCCUGACAGUGAAGGUCCUGAGGACCAUGUCUGACUCAGCUCUGGGAGCCGUCCUGGACCAGCCCCUUCACACGCUGCACCACAUCCACUCCAAGCUCCGGGCCUGUGUCUCCGCUCAGCCCACAUCAGGUCCCAGACCCCAGAGCCGCCUCCACCGCUGGCUGCACAGGCUCCAGAAGGCCACGAAGAAGGAGUCCCAAAGCUGCCUCGAGGCCUCUGUCAUGUUCAACCUCUUCCGCCUUCUCACACGGGACCUGAAAUGUGUUGCCAGUGGGGACCAGUGUGCCUGA